AUGGAGCCCCAGGCCAAAAGGGCGAAGGCCGACGGCGCGGCACUUCUGCCGGGCCUCACAGCCUGGCUGGACCGGGAGGGGGUGUGGUGGGACGACGAGGCCAUGCAGAUCAAGGAGUCAAAAUCUCCGAACGGCAGCUCCUUAUCCAUCCACUCGCGGCGGCCCCUUCCGGCCGGCCACCACCUCUGCACCAUCCCCAAGGACGCCUGCCUGAGUGUGCGCAAUGCCAGCUGCUCCGACAUCAUCAUGGAGGAGAAUAUGUGCUCUGGUCUGGGCCUGGUGAUGGCGGUCAUGCACGAGCGCCUCCUGGGGCCCAAGUCUCGGCAUGGCUACUUCUGCUCGUUGCCUGAGCGCGAGUACCUGCCGGUGUUCUGGGGCCCGGAGGAACUGGCCCUCUUGCAGGGCACUGAACUGGGAGAUGCCAUCCACGACGAGCUGGACUGUGUCCGGUCAGACUACACAGAUCAGAUCGAGCCCCUGAUUGCCAAGCAUGGGCUGGAGGGCAUGAACUACUCCUUCCCUGCCUUCCAGGCGGCUGCAUCCUUGGUGGCCUCCAGGGCGUUCAAGGUGGACGACGCCGUAGGCGACGCCAUGGUCCCGCUGGCAGACGUGUUCAACCACAAGGCGUCAGUGGUGGCCCUGUCGGACCACUCCGAAGCCAGCGGCUCCGGCGGGGAGGGGAGCGGCUCGCCGGGCGCCUCCCCCGGCGCCGGCACGAUGCUGACCUCCCAGCUCGUGCCCCCCAGCUUCCUGGCGAACGCCGAGCCGGAGCUGCACGGCCUGCGCUCCGCCAACGGGCUGUCCCUGGCCCUGGAGAUCUGCAUCGUGGACGAUGAGGAGGGGGCCGCGCUGAGGAUCCUCACCGCCAGCCCCAUCGGAGAGGGGCGCGAAGUGCACAACACCUACGGCGAGCUGGGGAACCGGGACCUGCUGGAGAAGUACGGCUUCACCCUGCCCGAGAACCCGCACGACAGCGUGACCCUGGAGCUGGAGGCCCUGUGGGCCUGGGGUGCGGCGCGGCACGGCGCGCGAGAGUGGGAGGCGCGCCGCGCUUUCUUGGACGCCAACACGCCCUGGCUGCGCCGUAAGCGGUACGCGGCCGUCUUGGUGAGUGAGGUUGAGUGGGGGUUCAGGGUCUACGAGUGGCGAGCGAGUUUGGCAGGGGGAUCCCGCUGGGAGGUCUGCAGAGCGGGGUGGCGUAAGCACCAGCUCCCUAAGUACACAUCCCCGGCAUCCAUUGACCAGCCUGUCCCCGCCUCCGUCUCCUGA